CUGUAAAAACACCUAGCACCGUCGGGAACAGAGAAUCUUUUCACUAACGGUGACAAGCUCUGAACCAAAAGACUAGGGUUUUGUUUUGUCUGUGAGAAGGAAGAAAGACGAAGACGGCGAUGAAUUCGUUAACAGUUGAACAAGUCCUCAAAGAGAAGAAGACCCAUGACCCAGAUUCCGUAAAGGAACUUAACCUUGGCCACAAAGCUCUCACCGAUGUGUCUUGUUUGAGCAAAUUCAAAAACUUGGAGAAGCUUGACCUUCGUUUCAACAACCUCAAGGAUCUUCAGGGACUCAAGUCUUGUGUGAAUUUGAAGUGGCUUUCAGUUGUGGAAAAUAAAUUGCAAAGCUUAAGUGGAAUCGAAGCACUAACUAAGCUUACAGUGCUAAAUGCUGGAAAGAAUAAGCUCAAAUCCAUGAAUGAGGUAUCUUCUCUUGUCAAUUUGGGAGCCUUGAUUUUGAACGACAAUGAAAUCUCCUCCAUUUGUAAGCUAGAUCAACUGAAAGACUUAAACAGUCUCGUUCUUUCUAGGAACCCGAUCAGUGAAAUCGGUGACUCGCUUUCAAAGUCGAAAAAACUCACUAAAAUUUCUUUAUCCAACUGCAAGAUAAAAGCUAUUGGCGCUUCCCUCAAGUCAUGCUCUGAUUUGAAAGAGCUACGACUCGCCCACAAUGAGAUUAAGGCUCUUCCGGCUGAACUAGCUGUCAACAAAAGACUACUGAAUUUGGAUGUGGGAAACAACAUGAUCACGAAACUCUCUGGUUUAGAGGUUUUGGGGACAUUAUCUUGCUUACGAAACUUGAAUAUUCGAGGAAACCUGAUCUCGGAUAACGAUAAGUCAGCUAAGCAGGUGAUAAAGUUGCUCCCCUCUUCAGUGAAUGUAUUCAACGCUCAACCACUAGAUAAAAUCUCAAGGAAGGGAAAGCAUAUCCGGCUUGAUACCGAUGAUGAAACCUUUGAUGCUCAUCACAACAAAUCGACAGAAGAAGAACAAUCCAGAGAAGAUAGAAAAAGCAAGAAGAGCUCCAAGAGAAACAAGUCAGAAGACGAAGAAGAAGAAGCCAACAAUGAUAAUGAUGAUCACAAGAGCAAGAAGAAGAAGUCUAAGAGCAACCCACAUGUAGAUCAAGUUGAAACAGAGAGAAAAGAAGAACCUAAAAAGAAGAAUACCUCAAGUAACAAAUUUGAUGAUGAUGCUACUGAGAAGAAACAGAAAAAGGCUAUUCCAAAGGAGGAACUCGAUGCUAUCGAUGAUGCAGAAACCUCUUUCGCAGAAAUCUUUGCCCGGGACGAUGUGUCAAAGGGUUCUUCUGGAGACAAUAUUGAGAAGAAGAAGGAGAGAAGCAGCGCGCAAGAGACAGGUCUAGUGAAAGUGAUAGAGAACAACAAUAGGAAUAAGAAGAAGCAAACAGAAAAGAACCAAAGCAAGAAGAGUGUAGUGAUUGAUCUUCCCAUGGAAGUUGAGAUCGGGUUGGGAGGAGAGUCAAAGUGGGAAUAAUACCGGAUAAACCGAAGCUCAGGUCGUUCAACACUUUAGAGACAAGGGACAGUUAUGUCUUAAAAAAAUCCAACGGCUAGGGUGAAGUAUUUUGAUAUAUUCUGAUAUGGUUAAGAAACAAAUGUUUAGUGAUUUCGAUCUCCUUUAUAAAAUGGUUUUGCAGUUUUGUGAAA